CCCAAGUUCUCCUCUUCAAACCUGAGCUCAGGCUGUAAGGGAUGCUAUGCUAAUGUCACAUCUCUUGUGUAGCCACUGCUGCUUGGAGAAGCUAAAGAGGUGUGGCUGACAGGGUUGAUAGGUAAAGAUGUAAAUUGUUUAGGAGCAAGUAUUUUAGUGUGAAAGUUCAGCUGUGUAAAAACGGAAAGUAUUUGUGCUCCUGGGCUGACUCUGUCCCUUUAACAGAGUGGCUUGGUCUCCCACUCAGCACUGGCAAAAUGCCUGAGUGUUUUCAUUUAAAUUUUGGCCAACUGACCAGAAAUAAUGGACCAUAAAAGAUCUUGAGGCAAGAUAGAGUCAUUUACAAGUGGAUGGGCUAUUUAUUUGCAGUUUUCUUUGUUUUUCCAUACUGUGUAAACCUACUGGACGUUUUCUAUGCAGACAGCUCAUUCUAUCCCCAGUUUGCCCUUUGAAUACCUUUGAAGGAAGCAAAAGUCGUCUAAUUUGGGAUAAACGGCAUUAUGAGGAAAAAACAUUCUUUCUUUUGCUUUCUACUUCUGGCUGUGGCAACAAACCAGAUAGCAGAAGGACAAGAUAAAAAGAAAGGGAAAAAGUCUUAUUCUGUUGUGCAAAGUGAUGAAGGUGAUUUGUGUCUCGUUGAUAUAGUCUUUAUUGUGGACAGUUCAGAGAGUGCCAAAAAUCAGUUGUUUGGUUUACAGAAGAAUUUUGUUGUAAGCUUAACUGACAAAUUUUUCCAGAUGAAGCCAGUUAAAUCUCAGAAGUACAACGUCAAACUAGCAGGCAUGCAGUUCAGCAGCACAGUCAACAUUGAUCAUCCUUUUAUUGCAUGGAAAAAUGUGCAGAAUUUUAAAGAGAAAAUCAGGGCUCUGGUCUACAUUGGCCAAGGCACCUACUCCUAUUAUGCAAUUUCCAAUGCCACUCAGCUGUUCCAAAAUGAAGGUCGGGAGAGAAGUAUAAAAGUGGCUUUUCUGAUGACUGAUGGUGUGGAUCAUCCAAACAGCCCAGAUGUCCAGGCCAUAGCCACUGCUGCAAGGAGUCUUGGAAUAAACUUUUUUACCAUCGGCCUUUCCAAGAAAAAUGUAAAGGAAGAAAAAUUGCGCUUGAUAUCUGGUGAUUCAUCCUUUAAACGUGUCUUAUGCCUGGAUGAUGAGAACCUGACAGUUGAUGUAGCAUUGGAAUUGGAAGCCUUACUUCGGAAGAAAUGUAUGCAGAAGAACUGUGUCUGUGAAAUGGGAAUAAAAGGAGACAAAGGUGAUCCUGGUGAUGCUGGAGACAAAGGGGAAAGAGGUGAACCAGGACCAAAAGGAAACAAGGGUGACUCUCAAAAAGGAGACCAUGGAGAAAAAGGUGAAGAGGGAGCUCCUGGCUAUAAGGGUGAGAAGGGUGAAAGAGGAGAAUGUGGAUCCCCAGGAGUAAAAGGGGAAAGAGGUUUGGAAGGUCCUUUUGGCCCUAGAGGACCUCGGGGACCUCAGGGCAUCAGUGGACCUCCAGGUGAGCCAGGCCUGAAAGGCAUUCAAGGAAACAAGGGAGAACAAGGUCCUAUAGGUCCAUAUGGUCCUCCAGGAGUCCCUGGCAUUGGAGAGCCAGGACCCAAGGGUUCUCAGGGUUUAGAAGGUAGAAUUGGACCUCCAGGGCCUGCUGGAAUUGGUGAGCCAGGAAUAACAGGACCACGUGGCCCCGUUGGUCUGCCAGGUGAGAAAGGUGAACAAGGAGAAGGUAUUCAAGGCCAAAAGGGUGAAAAAGGCUCUGAAGGCAAAGUUGGUCCAAAGGGACUGCCAGGUCAAUCAAUAAAAGGUAACAAGGGCGAACAAGGCCAGGUAGGACCACAGGGCCCACCAGGACCACCAGGAUUCGGUAAUCCAGGAAGGGAGGGUAUACAAGGUCCAAAAGGAAAUCCUGGGCCAAAAGGAUCUAAAGGUUUUGGUUUUCAGGGUCCAAAGGGUGAACAGGGUGAACGUGGACAAAAAGGAGAACCAGGACUCCCAGCAGUUGGAGAACGAGGGUUAAAAGGAGAUACAGGUCAACCAGGAGUCCCAGGAGAGAAAGGAAUUCAGGGAAUCCCUGGGGAUCCAGGCAAAAGGGGUGACCCAGGAGAAAAAGGAUCCCAUGGAGAGAAGGGUCUUAAAGGAGAAAAAGGCAUAUCUGGAGCAAAAGGUGAACCAGGAGAGAGAGGGCCACCUGGUGUUGCUGGAUCAUCUGUUCGGGGGCCUCCUGGACCAAAGGGAGAUCCAGGACGUACUGGGCCACCAGGAGAGGAUGGACGUCCUGGAGAUUCAAAACCGGGUCCACAGGGUAACCCAGGACCACCUGGACUACCUGGACCCCGUGGAGAAAAAGGUGAAGGCCACAAAGGUGAAGCUGGACCUCCAGGACCAGCAGGCCCUCCAGGACCAGAAGGCCCAAGUAGUAUGGGAGAUCCUGGACCAAAGGGAGAACGUGGACUGAAAGGCUAUCGUGGGCCCCCAGGACCAAUGGGAAUCGGAGUGGUUGGUCCUAAGGGUGUUAUGGGACAGAACGGAAUGCCUGGUCCCCCUGGUCCUCCUGGCAUCAGCAUACAGGGAGAUAAGGGAGAAAAAGGAAAUCCAGGUUUACAUGGGCCAAAGGGGUCAAUAGGAGUUGGCAUUCCUGGACCAAAGGGAGACUACGGAGAUAAAGGUGAUCCAGGAAGAAAAGGUGCUAAGGGAGAGAUGGGAGACCCAGGGCCUCCAGGACCAAAGGGAGCUUGGGGAGCAAAAGGUGAACCGGGUCUUUCAAGAGAAGAGGUCAUAAGACUUAUCAAUGAGAUAUGUGGUUGCGGUACCAGAUGUAGAAUAACACCGCUGGAACUUAUAUUUGUCAUUGACAGUUCAGAAAGUGUCGGACCAGACAACUUCAUCAGUACCAAAACAUUUAUGAAAACAGUCAUUGAUGAGGUUUCGGCCAACCACGCUAAAACUCGCAUUGGCGUUAUCAACUUCAGCCAUAAAGUGGAGUUGGUAUCUUCUCUAGAGAAAUACACAACCAAAGAAUCUCUGAAAUCUGCUGUUGAUAAAAUGCUCUACUUAGGAGAAGGCACGUAUACAGCUUCUGCCAUUAAAAAAGCCAUUAACCUAUUUCAGGCAGCACGCCCAGCAGUAAGAAAAGUUGCUGUGGUAGUAACAGAUGGACAAGCAGACGCUCGUGACGAAGUGCACCUGGAAACGGUAGUAAGGGAAGCACAUGCUGCAAAUAUUGAGAUAUUUGUCAUUGGAAUUGCUCAAGAAACUGAUCCACAUUAUGGUGAUUUCCUGAAAGAAAUGUAUCUCAUUGCAACAGACCCUGAUGAAGACCAUUUUUACCCGAUAGAGGACUUCAAGACACUCUCAGCUCUUGCAGAUAAACUCAUCACAAAAAUCUGUGAUAAUGUGUCUGAAAUUUACAGUAGAAAAGAAAAUGUUCUAUCGCCACCUCCAAGUCCAGAACCUGAAUUGCCUAAUGAAGUUACUAACACUCAGUUGACUCGAGUGACAAUUUCAGAGACUUCAGUGCCCCAUAAAGAAGGAAUCAGUUACUCACAUAGCCCACCACAGACCAGGUAUACCAAGCCGCUGCCGUCUGCUCAGGAUCAUACGGUGACCACCUCUGUUCUCAGAGAAUCGAGAUUCCCUCCAUUUUCCAACACAGAUGAAAUCAGACGUCAGAGUCCAGUUGUCAACCCUCUGCUCAAUAUUACCGCUGCUAAAGAUCGCCACGCAACAGCACAGCAAUCACAGGUAGCAAAACCUCAAAAAGAUCCCAGGUGCUUGGAACCUAUGAAACCAGGUGAUUGCCGGAACUAUGUGGUGAAAUGGUAUUAUGACAAGAAUGCCAAUUCUUGUGGCCAGUUCUGGUAUGGAGGUUGUAAUGGUACCAACAAUAGAUUUGAAACACAAGAAGAAUGUCAAGGAACCUGCAUUGAUGAAUAAGUAAGUUUUCUCUCCAUCGCGUUCUUCUCCUUCAAGCACUUCUUUUCCAGGCUAAAAAGAUAUAAUACUUAAUUGUCUCCAAUACUGUGCAUACGUAUUAUUUACACCUUCGAUCAGGUUUUACUCCUUUCUGAGAUGGUGGGAGCAGAAUUGCCCUUCAUAGUCAUGAAUUUAUACAGUGACACAGUAGUUGUCUACUUUGCUUUUUACUCCUUAUCUUACAGUUUCUCAUGUUGUAUUUGAGUUUGUUGGGUUUUCUUUACUAUUACUGAGAAUUAAGGUGACAUAUUCACAGAUCAAAAUUCCAAGGCCUCAUUUUAAGGAUUAGCUGAAAAGCCAUCAUUUUAUACGUGGAUUUGGGAUCAUUUUUCUCAUAUGUACAAUUUCACACUCUUCAAAACUCACUUUUCCUUUUCCACUCACACCUUAUUCUGUCAACAUCACAAUGUUCUUCUACAAUUUCUUGCAGUCACCCCUUUCCUUUUCUACUCUAGAGAAAGAUAAUAUUGUCACAGACUUGGUCAUCUCACUUUUUACUCCCUUCACUAGAUCACUUAUGAUCAUUUUGAGUAGGACAGACCAUUGUAGCACGCAUCUUCCAAUGCCUUCUUUCCAGCAGCCAUUUAUUCCCUUUCCUUUUCACUGUUUCUAAAUCAGAAGACUUCUCCUCUUGAUCCAAUAUAAUUUUCCUCUGGUGAGAGACUUUAUCUUUUAGAAAUCCAGACAGACUUACUCACUGCCUUAGGCCCACAUACUCAUUGAGCGAUGGUCUUCAAAGAGCUUGCUUAUCCAUAGUGCAUAAUUUCCUUUACAAAAAACAUUAUCUCCUCCCCAGUACACUGUAUUAAGUUCUGUUUCAUCUUUCAGUACAGGAAAAAUCUGUUGAUAUAUAUUCUAUAGCAUAUUUCUUUCUGAACGCUCCAAGAAAACUAAUCGAUUCCUCAUUCCUCUAGAAAUUACUGCCAUUUGGAGUUUUUAAAGCAAGAAGUUCAUGUGUAUUAAGGAAGAAGUGGCUGAGAAGAAUCUAAAAUGAUGUGUGAACAUGAAUAUAUUGCCACCAUGCUCCACUGCUUUCGCCACUGUGGAAUUCACAUUCAUUAGAUUCCUGCACAGCAUAUGUUAUCUGUAACAUCAUAACAAUAACUUUAUUACACAUACACAUGCAUGGGAACAUACCUUUUCCCUUCAAACUCAUAGUAAUUUGAUAAUACUAAUGUGGCAAGGAUAAGAUUUGAUUUUUAGGAUUAAAAUGCUGGAAGUGUUCACACGGCAUUUAAUGGCAGAGGUCUCUUAUUCUCUUGGAAGGAAAAAAUGUGCUCUAGUUUUAAACAAGAGUAAAUAGCUCUGACAUUAGCACUCUUAUGACAGCAUUUAGUGUCAUAAUUUAAGAUUUUCACUAAUUAGACUACCUCUUGUGAAUGUCAAUGCCACAGCAAAAUUAAUUAGAGGGGAGGGUUUUCCCAUUAAAGCACGUUUAUAUUAACACCAGUAUAAUCUUUUCACUUACAAGGGUGGGACUUUCAUUUGAAAUUACAUUAAAACCAGGAUUCUUCAUGUCCUUUAUGGCAAGUAAGCAAAUUUCAGUUUCUCAGGGUCUCUGUGUUUAAAUACAUAUGUAUUUCACUCUGAUAAUAUGCUAUUAAGUAAAAAAGGAAAAGAACUGAAAAAUGCAUAUAAAUGUUUACGUACAUUCUUUCUACUUUUAGCAAUAAUCCUAAUGAAUUAUCAUUAAAACUGAGAAUUAUGAGUCUGUAAUUAAAAUGGAAAGCAACAUCUGAUAACGAGUCUGGCAUUCUUAUUCCUUUGUAGACAAGAAAACCUAUGAUCUGUAUAUACAGUCUGAACAGAUCUUAAUACGUUUAAGCAAUGCUUGCACAUUUUUUUCCCCAGGUGCCCAAAAGAUAGCAUAUACCAUGCAAAAUGAACUUCUUUAUAGCAAACGAGGCACUAACCUUAUUCUAUGAAAUGAGGUGCUUGAAUUUUAGGAGAAUUAAAUACUUUUUUCAAAAAAAAAUUAGCUUUGUUAGUGAGUUUCAAAUUAGAAACUAAAAAACUGAUGGUAGCCUCCAAAAAUGCCACUGUUUUUAUACUCAGAAUGAAAUAUGAUGGUCACUCAAGAAGAAAAACAACCAUGAAGCCGCGAUUAAUCUUGUCUGGAAAAGAAGCACUGGAACACAAGGACAAUACGUUGUGCUACAUACUCUGUAGAAGCCUGAAAAUGAAGGGAUUCAGUGCUAUAGAAGAAUGCAACUUCAAUGGGCCUGGUUGUUUGUUGUUGGUUUUUUUUUUAAUCAGAAAAGUAAAUAGCUUCAAAAUAUACUGCAAAGGAUUGUCUCUUGUGAUAUCCAGCUAUGUACAGGGCUGGGAAUAAUCAGCAAGUCAGACAAAAGGUUUCAAGCUAGUAAACUUCCUACUAGUGAUGUGAAAAGAUCAUGGAAGGAUUGAGUUCCUGCUCAGAAAUACAGCUUGUGCAAUAUCACCCAACUAUAUCUGUGUGCUGGAGAAUUUAAUAGUGAACAGAUGUCCAAAUAAAUUCAGCAAGAUGGGAAUAAACACAAAGUGUGAGGAAAUGAAAGAACAAGAAGGUUUCAAAAUGACUGAAAAGGUGGAUUCAAAACUUAAAACAGUACUGAAGUGCAGUAUCAACAUACUUUCAAACUUGGAGGAGAUAUCGAGAGACUUUUCUCUUGGCUAUGUCUCAAAUCCAGUAUCCAGAAUUCAGUUUAGUUGGAUGACAAAAGCAAUUUAUGAAAUACUAAAACAGAUGCAAACCUUUUUAAUAGCAAGAUUAGCACAAAAUGACAAGAAAAAAGAAACAUUGCAUUGCAUUCCAUAACCAUGUCACCUUUCAUAAAUACCAGCAUUUUUUCAUGAGGCUCAAACAGAGGAAUAAAUGAUGCCCCCAAAUGAACAAGAGGUGAAUCUGUUUAAACAGCACUGCCCAGGUCAUAGGGUGCCAAGUGUUUGUUUGGGCAUCAUCCUCCAUGGGCCUUGGAGAAAAGACUUUGGAUACUGCAUUUCUUUAACUGUGCCUUCUUUAUCCUCUUUACUUCUUCCAUCUAACAUGGACCAGAUGUAUUUAUGAAACAGUGAUUAAAUGCUAAAUCUCUGUAUGAUGCUGAACUGAACAUCAAGGGAAAGUGUUUCCCUCCUCAUGUAUUUGU